AUGUCCGCACGGGUGGCCCUCCUGCUGCUCUGGGGUCUCGCCCUGAACCCAGUGACCGAGGAGGCCACAUUCUUUGACACAAGGCCAACCCUGUGGGCAGAGGCCGAAUCGCUGCUGGAACCCUGGGCCAACGUGACGCUGACAUGCCGGAGCCCCCUGUGGACCCUGGAGUUCGAGCUCUUCAGGGGUGGGGUGGCCCAGGAACUGGUGCACCUGGGUUCACCUGCCACCGAGUACAGAUUCCCGCUGGGAGCAGCGACCGGUGACACCCGGGGCCUCUACCGCUGCCGCUACAGGAUGGAGAGUGGGAGGGCCAGCCUGAGCAACCUCGUGGAGGUGACGGGAGCAGAGCCCCUGCCCCCACCCUUGCUCUCAACCAAGCCCGUGCCCUGGAUCACACCGGGCCUGAACACGACGCUGCUGUGCAUCGGGGGGCUUCGCGGUGUGACCUUCCUGCUGAGGCGGGAAGGCGACGACCAGUUUCUGGAGGUGGCUGAGGCCCCGAAGGACAGGCAGGCCACCUUCCCAGUCCACCGGGCUGGCAACUACAGCUGCAGCUACCGGACCCACGCAUCAGGCGCCCCCUCGGAGCCCAGUGCCACUGUGACCAUAGAGGGGCUGGCCACGCCGCCGCCACCCACGCUGACUCUGGAUAGCGGGUUCGCCGGGCUCCUGCGCCCCGGCUCGCGCGCGACUCUCACCUGCGUGGCGCCCCUGAGCGGGGUGAAAUUCCAGCUGCGGCGGGGCGAGGAGGUGCUGCAGGUACCCAUGGCCAGUACCAGCCCAGACCGCGUCUUCUUCCAGCUGAACACGCUGGCCCCGGGAGACGGCGGUGACUACACGUGCCGCUACCGGCUGCCAGAGGAGCUAGCGCCCUGGUCCUUGGACAGCGCGCCCGCCGAGCUGGUGCUGAGCGACGGGACGCUCCCGGCGCCGGAGCUGUCGGCCGAGCCCGCGACUCUGAGUCCCGAGCCGGGGACGCUGGUGCAGCUGCGGUGCCGGGCCCCCCGCGCCGGCGUGCGCUUCUCCCUGGUGCGCGACGGCGCGGGCCGGCGCCGGGUGCACGGUCUCUUGAGCCCCGCGGGGACGGAGGCCCACUUUGAGCUGCGCGACGUCUCGGCGGUCGACUCGGCCAACUACAGCUGCGUCUACACGGACACGGCGCCGCCCUUCGCGGGCUCCGCGCCCAGCGCGCCCGUGGAGCUGCGCGUGGACG